AUGCGAAGAAUCUGGCUGGCUUCGCAGCAGCAGCAGCUGCUGCUGCUGCUGCUGCUGCUGCUGCACGAAGGAAUUUCGCCGGGAGAGCCGCAAACGGCCACCGGCGGCAACUGCGUGGAUUUGUUUCCUGCUGAUGCUGCUGUUCUUUCCUACUGCAAAAAUGGCGCUUCUUGCGGCGUCAACGUUUCCUCAGGCACUUUGCUGGAGUUGGUGUGCGACUGCCAGUCGCUGCAAACCACAGAGAAGUUUUACGGGGGCCCCGACUGCAGCAUUGAAGAGGAAAUGAAUUACAUCAUGGGCUCUCUGGGGAGCGACGUGCCCAACACCUGCUGGCUGGAAAACCUGCUGGGCCUCAACGCCUGGAAAGAUGCUCCUGAAGCAGCAGCAGCAGCAGCAGCAGCAGCGGCAGCAGCAGCGGGGGCGGCGGCAGCAAGAGCGGAGCAGCUGCGGGAGCGGCGGCAGCAGCAGCGCAGCAGCAGCCGGAGCGGCAGCAGCAGGAGCUGCAGCAGGAGAGGGCCUGGAGCCGCAGGGACGCAGCAGCAGCAGCAGCAGCAGCAGCAACAACGGCAACAGGGGCGGAAGCAGCAGCAGCAGGAGCGGGGCCUGGAGCCGCGAAAGCGCAGCAGCAGCAGCAGCAGCAGCAGCAGCAGCAGUCCGUUGCUGCUGGCCGCCUUUUUCGGCGCUCGAGGCCCUGCAAGAGCAUUUUAG